GCCGGCCCCCUCCCCCUCGCGCCGCCCUCUCUUCCUCCAGCUCUGCAGCCAAUUAGCCGCCCCCUCGGGCGGGAGGCGUGGGGCGCUGCAUAAAGCUGCGCGGAGCUGUCACCCCGCGAGCCAGGAGCCGCGCACCUCCCGAGCCCAGCCGCCCUCCCGCGGACUCGGGGCCUCGGCCGGCCGGGAGCACCAUGGCCACCACCAACGGGGCGCUGGAGAACGGGCAGCCGGACGAGAAGCCCGCCCUGCCGCGCCCCAUCCGCAACUUGGAGGUCAAGUUCACCAAGAUAUUUAUCAACAAUGACUGGCAUGAAUCCAAGAGUGGAAAAAAGUUCCCCACAUAUAACCCUUCAACUCUGGAGAAAAUAUGUGAAGUCGAAGAAGGAGAUAAGCCCGAUGUGGACAAAGCCGUGGAGGCUGCUCAAGCUGCCUUCCAGAGGGGAUCCCCGUGGCGCAGGCUGGACGCCCUGGGCCGUGGCCGGCUGCUGCAUCAGCUGGCUGACCUCAUGGAGAGGGACCGCACCAUCCUGGCCACUCUGGAGACGAUGGAUACUGGGAAGCCCUUCCUCCAUGCCUUUUUCAUCGACCUGGAGGGCUGCAUUAAGACCUUCAGAUAUUUUGCAGGGUGGGCAGACAAAAUCCAGGGCAGGACCAUCCCCACAGAUGACAAUGUUGUGUGUUUCACCAGGCACGAGCCCAUCGGGGUGUGUGGGGCCAUUACUCCAUGGAACUUCCCCCUGCUGAUGCUGGCAUGGAAGCUGGCACCCGCGCUGUGCUGUGGGAACACCGUGGUCCUGAAGCCUGCAGAGCAGACUCCCCUCACCGCGCUUUAUCUCGGCUCACUGAUCAAAGAGGUUGGCUUCCCUCCCGGUGUGGUGAACAUCGUACCAGGAUUUGGGCCCACGGUGGGAGCAGCGAUUUCUUCUCACCCUCAGAUCAACAAGAUAGCCUUCACUGGGUCCACAGAGGUUGGAAAGCUGGUUAAAGAAGCCGCAUCUCGGAGCAAUCUGAAGAGGGUGACGCUGGAGCUCGGGGGGAAGAACCCUUGCAUCGUGUGCGCUGAUGCUGACCUGGACUUGGCAGUCGAGUGUGCCCACCGGGGAGUGUUCUUCAACCAAGGCCAGUGCUGCACAGCUGCGUCCAGGGUGUUCGUGGAGGAGCAAGUCUACCCCGAGUUCGUCAGGCGCAGCGUGGAGUACGCCAAGCAGCGGCCGGUGGGAGACCCCUUCGAUGUGGAGACCGAGCAGGGGCCCCAGAUCGAUCAAAAGCAGUUUGACAAAAUCCUUGAGCUGAUUGAGAGUGGGAAGAAGGAAGGGGCCAAGCUGGAAUGUGGAGGCUCCGCCAUGGAAGACAGGGGACUCUUCAUCAAACCCACUGUCUUCUCAGAAGUUACUGACAACAUGAGGAUUGCCAAGGAGGAGAUUUUUGGACCAGUGCAGCCAAUACUGAAGUUUAAAAACAUCGAAGAAGUUAUAAAAAGAGCAAAUAGCACAGACUAUGGACUCACAGCAGCCGUGUUCACAAAAAACCUUGACAAAGCCCUGAAGCUGGCUUCUGCCCUGGAGUCCGGCACAGUCUGGAUCAACUGCUACAAUGCUCUGUACGCACAGGCUCCGUUCGGCGGCUUUAAAAUGUCGGGAAAUGGCCGAGAGCUAGGUGAAUAUGCCCUGGCUGAAUACACAGAAGUGAAAACUGUCACCAUCAAGCUUGAGGACAAGAACCCCUGAAGGAAAGGGACCCUUCCCUCAAACAUGGGACAGCCCCUUGGCAGGCCAAACGUGCCGAAGGGACUAACUAUACUGACCUUCCUGGGACACUCUCUUCCAGACACUUUCAGUCUACUAGAGCUGAAUGGUUUUGAUUUUCAUCUCACACUCCUGUUUUAUUGACCUAACUCCGGAUGCUCAAAUGAUGCAUGUGAAACUGCAGUUCCACCUGGGAGGGAGCUACUGGCCAUUUCUGAUUCUGCCUUUAGAUCUGGUGUGAGAGAGAGUGAAGAUACUCAGGGUUCUGUUAACAAGAAAUGGUAUUUAUGUGUCCAGCAGUGGCUUCAAGGUGCUCUGCUGAAUCCAACUCCAGUGAGAAUUUGGAACAUGCUCCCUGCAUGAUCCGCAAGCCCUGCGCCUGGGGCCCCUCGUGGUCACCUGUGCACGCAGCUCCUCCUUGUUCUGAGGAAGGAGUAGGAUCAUUCCAAAGGAAGAGAUUAGCACUCAGUUAAAAAGAGGAUAUGACAUGGGAGGUUUGGGGGAACACAUAUCAGGCAAGGGUGUCAGAAGCCUUGGGCAUGCAAGGUGUGGGCUUUGGAGGACAGCAUAUUGGCACUGACCAUGGAUUCACUUUGAAACCAGUACGACCUUUGGACUAUGGCCAGAUCGACAUCCCAAAGAGCUUACCUAAAACUGUGCUAGUCUACCUUAACCAAGGUUCUUUCUAAGGCAGGAGACAUUGUUAGUAUCACCGUAGCUGCUGAAGGCCUAGCCUUCUGGCAUCACAACAACAAAGCAAAUCCUAAGAUAACUAGCGUGCUGCAUUUGGGAGAUCAGAACCACAAUUCACUUCUUCAAAUUAUGUAUUUUACAAUAUUGCAUAAUGGUUUACAAUAAGCCUAUGUACUCUUCCUUUUCUCCAGUUCCAUUAUCCAUGUUAAAUUAGUAAAAUGUGCACAUCUGGAAAGACUGCUGUUCUAAUUCCCCCCCUUUUAAAAUUCUAUUUUGUUAUUGAUUUCUGAUUAGUUGACAAAUAACUUCUGGAGUCCAUGGAGGAACUGGAUCUACACCCAGGUGACCCAAGCAUUUUAUUAGCAAGUUAAGAAUUAUUCUUUUCCUCUUUUGUGUACGCAAAAUUAUGUGCAAUUCCAUGUUUUAACUUGGAAAACUGAAAUUAUUCACAUAUAGCUUUAAAAACAAAACCAAACUUAAAUCAUCAUGUUAUUCAGGUACUUUUACUAAAUACAUACUUUCCAAAUUGGAAAAAUAGUGCUUACGUUUGAAGAAUAAAUUGGAGAGACAAUAACACAAAGGUCCAUGUCAGAACCAGUGUGUGUAUAAAGAAAAUUAUGUGUGAAUUAGGGUAUCAUCCUUGUCAGAUAUGAAAUAUGGGUCUCACCCUCUUUUUCACCACAUUAACACUUAUGACUCACACUACCAAUAACUUGUUAAACAGAAUUUGAUUUCAUACACUGAAUUUCAGUAUCCCAAGAAACUAGAGACACUAACCUUUAUUGUAGUACCUUAGAGGGUUCCUAUUCUUUCACUGUACAAUAAUGUCUUUAAUUUGAAAUGCUACAUUAUUUAUAAUUGGUAGAGUUCAUGUGUCUUUUAUAGCUGUAAGUACACAGAGGUGGUAUAUUUAACCUUCUGUAAUAUAAUGUAUUUAGAAAUAAAAAUCUAUAUAAUGUUAGAUUUCACUUCUUUUAAGGUUUACCCCUGUGGUAUGGUUUUUUUAAAAAAGUAUCAGACUGGGAAUUCUGAUCGCAACUGCAGAUUGUGUUCAACAGCAAUAAAAUAAAAUUGGACAUUUGAGAAA